AUGAAGUUUAAAAACUUCAUAGAACACAUCUCACUUCACUUUGAAGAAGACCCAGAGUACUUCAGAGAUGAAAAGAAGAAGAUAGCCUUCGUGCUAUUGUAUAUGAAAGAAGGCACAGCUGUGAGCUUUAGAAGCGAGUGGCUAGAAGACAAGAUGUCUGUCACCUCAGCAUUGGAAUGGGCACAGUACCAAAGAUGGGCAGUCUUUGAAAGAAGGUUAACUGAAGCCUUCAAAAACAACUACAAAGAACAAGAAGCGAGGAACCGGAUCUUACAACUGAAACAAGGAAGUAAGACCACAAGAGACUUUUUCUUAGAGUUUGAUAGCCUACGAAGGAAGGCAGGAUACAGGGACGAUUCAAUCUUGAUCACCCUCAGAUACGAAGAGUGGAGGAAACUCCUCUUAAAUUACAAUCAGAUAUGGAGAGAAAGAGAGAAAGAAAAGAAGGGGUAUUUUGGUCUGACGGAGAAGGCCGGAACGAGGAAGGAUGACAGAGGAGGAAAGAAGGCUUAUUCCGGAACCAAAGACAGAACCGGAACUGUCUACUCAGGUGCUAGGCAACCCAUGGAGAUAGAUGAAGCCAGAUACAGAAAAGAAGGACUCUGCUUCACAUGCAGAGUCAAAGGACACAUUGGAAAGUUCUGCAAAGUUGAUUUGCGCGCGAUGAUAGCAGCUUUAUCAAAAGAAGAGUGUGAAGCUCUAAAGUUGGAUUUUUAA